AUGCCCGCCCCGCGCUCGACAGACACCCCGUCCUCUCAUCGCCCCCACAUCCACCACGACCCGCCGACUCCGCAACACCGCACGCACGGACACGCGAGGCGACAUGCCACCAGGCGCGAUGCGGACGACGAGGACAGGAUCGGGCCGUACUUGAUCGCGGAGGAGAUUGGCAGGGGAUCGUUCGCGACCGUCUAUCGCGGCGAGAGGCAGGAUACGCACGCUCCCGUGGCGAUCAAGUCGGUCAUCCGGAGCAAGCUGACCAGCAAGCUCCUCGAGAACCUCGAGUCCGAAAUCUCCAUCCUCAAGCGCAUCACCCACCGCAACAUCGUCGAGCUCAAAGACUGCCUGAAAACCGACUCGCACAUCUACCUCAUCAUGGACUUCUGUUCCGCAGGCGACCUCUCACUCUACAUCCGCAAGCGGGGCGACCUCCCUUCUCUCACGGCGUCGAAUCAGGGACUCUUGCCCGACUCGAGACGAUCAGCGGGAGGGCCGGAGAAGGUCUUGUACCCGCAUCCGAAGGAGGGCGGGUUGAACGAGACGAUUGUGCGGUGCUUCUUGGGUCAACUCGUCGACGCUCUCCGAUUCCUGCGAUCACAGAACGUCAUCCACCGCGAUAUCAAGCCUCAAAACCUCCUCCUCCAGCCCGCUUCUGCAGCAGACCUCGAAGCCGGACACCCGCCCGGGAUCCCCGUUCUCAAGGUUGCCGACUUUGGUUUCGCGCGAUGGCUGCCGAGUCAGAGCAUGGCCGAGACGCUCUGCGGGUCACCUCUCUACAUGGCGCCCGAGAUCCUCCGCUACGAAAAGUACGACGCCAAGGCCGACUUGUGGUCCGUCGGCGCCGUCUUGUUCGAGAUGAGCGUCGGGAAGCCUCCCUUCCGCGCUCAGAACCACGUCGAGCUCCUGCGCAAGAUCGAGCGCGGCGAAGACCGCAUCAAGUUCCCGGAUGAGAAGCGGUCGGACGAGGUGGACGAGGGCAAAGUACCGACGAAGGUUGCGGCGGAUAUCAAGGCGCUGAUUCGGAGGUUACUGAAGCGUCAGCCGGCCGAGCGCAUGUCGUUUGAGGAUUUCUUUCGCGAGGCGGCGGCCGUCGCUCAGCUCAAGGGCUUCUCGUCAGCCGAGUCGGUCUCGGUGCGAGUUGGACAGGCGACGGGCAAGCGCGACCCAGCGCGUGGACCACCCGCUGUUCCGCCCGAGUCUGUCGCAGCGAACUCGACCGACCGACGGACGUUCGGGACCGUCCCUCCGGCCGCUUUCGCAACGCAGCAAACGAGCACGCCGAUCGUCCCCCGAGCUUCGCCCGGUCCUCCACCACCGCUCUACCCGCGCCCGUCAAGCGCCUCACCCGCCCCUUCACCCGUCCCUUCCGUCUCCUCCCCUGCGCCGCCAGAAGCGAUCUCGCGCUUCGCGACUUCCGACGAUCCGCCGCCAUUCGCGCGCCGCCCUUCGUCUGCCGCACGAGCAUCACCGUCUCCUCCGCUUGCUGGAGCGCAGCAAGGUCCGCCGCCUGUUGCGAGGCGGACAUCGAGUUAUGUCCCUCGAAGCGCGGGUGGGCAGCAGGAGGUGGUGGCGGGCGUCGAGGCGAUCAGGACGAAGGACUAUGCGGCUCAGCGGGUAGGGACGGGGACGCCGGUUGGGACGAUCAGCAGACGAAGCAGCGAGUCGCCUGCGCCACCUUCGCCUGAUCCGCCGUCUGCCAUUGAGCGCUUCAAGGCGACGAACGAGACGAGCGACUCGAUGACGGACUCGAACGACUCGGUUCUCGGCAAGGACUACGUCGUCGUCGAGAAGCGCACGGUCGAGAUCAACGCUCUUGCCGACGAGCUUGCGCAACAGAACCCACGACGAGAGGGUGUCGUGGCACGGAGACCGUCGCGAGGGUUCUUGACGCGACCGCUUAGCUCGGUUGGCAACCCUGCUGGGACAGGACCGUCGCCGCCGUCUUCGUCUUCGCCCUCGUCGCCGUAUCCACCCGCGGGCGACUCGACGCCGCCCUUUGCGAUCCCGCAGCGAGCGCAAUCUACCCCGCACCACCCUUACUCGCUCUCGUCUUCCCCUCGCCCGCUGUCCUUCCUCUCCAACUCGCCUCGCAGCAUGGACCGCUUCCCCGGCUCGCCUCUCGCGCUCGUCGGCAGCCCAUCCGGAGCGCUCGCAAAGGCCUUUAGCAACCUCUCGUCGCUCAAGAUCUUUGGCAGCCCGACGGACGGCAUCCUCGUUCGACGCAGCUCGGCGCGCAAGCCAAUCCCGCGGUCGAUGACAGCGCCCAUCGCGGUCGACCCAGAGGAAGAGCGCGUGCUUGCCGACCUCGAGGACAUCGCGCAGAAGGCGCUCGUCCUGUUCGAGUUUGCCGAUUCGAAGAUCCUGCAGAUCCUCCCUCCCACGCCUGCCGCAUCGACCUCGACCACCUCGCUCGGCACGCCGUCGUACUUCUCGCACCUCGCCGCGCGCGAACAAGCUCAGGCGCAAUCAGCGAACGUCAGCAACCCCUUCUCGCCCAUCCCGACUUCGCCCUCAAUGCGUCGCGGGUCGUCCUCCUCGUCGGACAGGCCACUCAUCAUGGCUAGCUCGGCGCGGGCCGACGUCUUGGCGGCCGAGGCGAUGAUGCUCUACCUCAAGGCGCUGGCGUUCUUGAGCAAGGGCAUCGAGCGAGCGAGGAAGCAUUGGGCGAACAGACCUUCUGAGCAGCAGGCGGCGAGUGCGGACUUCAACGACGCCGUGCAAUGGUUCCGCCAGCGCUUCAACGAGUGCUUCGACAAGGCCGACUUUGCCAAGACGCGCUGCGGCGAGGAGAUCCCCGAGUCUGCGACCUACGCCGAGAAGCUCGUCUACGACCGCGCACUCGAGCUGUCCCGCGCCGCCGCUGUCAACGAGCUUCGCGGCGAGAACCCAACCGACUGCGAGACGGCAUACGAGACGGCGCUGUGGAUGCUGUACGCCCUCCUUGACGAUACGAUCCGCACGCCGAACACCGCCACGCCUGCCGAGAUUGAGGAAGACCGCACGACCGUCACCCGCUUCGUCCAGUCGAUCACGGGCCGACUUCAGGCGUUGCGGAAGAAGAUCGCGCCCGUCUCUGCCAUCGCGAGCGGCCCGACGACGGGCGCAAGUACCGCCGUCGCGGGCUCGCCAAGGUCCACCACCGGAGCAUCGCCAUCGCCCUCGACCGGCUCGCCCGCCUCUUGA